AUGUAUUCUUCCAUAUUCGCCUUGUGCUUAAUCUUGUCGUUGCUCGAUCUUACUUCGGCAACACCGAUCGUUCGGAAAUCGCUCAAUCCAAACUAUCUCCAGAAGAGAUAUCCUGUCACAACCAGCAGUUUCGCGACGGACAGCGAAUGGCCAACCAAUGUACUUUUCCUCGGAGCAACUCAGACCUAUGGCUUCUGGGUUCCCAUGGACGGCUCUUGGUAUGAUCUCGGGGGGAUCACAUGCCUCGGUCUUCCAGCCUAUGCCGAGGGUCCUUGCAAUGGUAUGACUAUCAACGCGGUUGGCGUCGUCGCAGGGGAUGGACCAUGCAGCUUCCUCGGCAAUGAUGGUUAUAGCGCUACACUAGCUGGCGAUGCUGGAGAUGGUUGGUUCGCGGUGGCACCGCCUCAAAAUAUCAUCUCUGCCAAGUGUGGUUGA